AUUUCAAUUGUAGAUAUUAUAACACUAAUAAGAAAAGUAAUAGCAUAUAAUCAUACUGCUCUUACUGUUAAGGAAUAUGGAUCAGUAUCACUUAUUCCAGAUUUUAAUAUUGUGAAUUCUAUCAGAAAUGAAUCACCUGAUUCUGAAAUACAAUGGUCCCAUAAUGGAAUUUUUGUAUUGCAAAACAAACAAGAUAGAUUUGAAAUCAAAGAUUAUGAAAUCAUAAUAUCUAAAGCAAUCUUAAAUGAUUCAGGUGUAUAUACACUUACUUUACAUCGAAUAGAUGGAACAUAUAUGAUAAUUAAAGUGAUCACUUUGGCAGUAAUUCCUAUUAAAGAAAACAUUAUAAUUCGCGAGACUUUACCUAUGCAUGUAACAUGUCACUGUGCUGUCCUUGGUUAUAUAUAUUCUGAUUUGAAAAUUUAUUGGAUGAUUAACGAUAGAAUAUGGAAGAAUUAUGGAGUUACAUUGCCUACAGCUAUUAAUACCGAUUACAUUCCUCUUAUAAAUAAAUCUCAUCAUGGUAUAUGGAAAUGUAUUGUGGAACAAAUUGAGCUAAAUUUUAAGUGGACAACAAAUGUAAUCCACGUAAAAGAAUAUAAAAGAAUAUGUUCUUUUGCUAGAGAGAUGAUAUAACAUAUUCUUUGCAGAAAUAAGAACAUUUUUCUGAAAAUAAAUGAUAUUUCUUUAAAUUAUUAUUAUUAUAGAAUCCAUUGUACUU